CUUUUUUGGGUUAACAUUGACAGUCACGCUGAUGGAUGAUAGCAGAGUUCAGCUGUGGGUGAAAACCGAUCCGUUCCUGUUGGGUGCGUUGCAGAUCCCUCCACCAGAAAAGUUUAGCAUGCAUUAUUUGCGGAAAAUGGCUACAUAUGUAAGAACUCGUGCCAGCGAAGGCUGCUAUCCGCGAUUGUGUUGGUGUAUGUGGCGGCACAUUGCCUGUGGUAAACUGCAGAUUUUGGAAGAAACUGCGUGGUUGUACUUUGAAACAUUUCUCAGCGUUUUUGAGCGCAGUGUAGCUGAGAGUCUGAAUUGGGCUGAAGUUGCUUCUACUUGUCCAUCUUCAGAGAAGUAUGAAGAAGUAAAGAGUAAGCUUUCUGUGGAUACCCUGAAGUUCAUGCUUUUCCUCUACAUUCAGCAAAUAAAUAAAAUUUCUUUGCGUUCACCUCUAAUUGGGAAUGAGUGGCCCAGUCCAAGAGGCAGAUCUCCUAUUUCUGAUUUUGCUGCACAGUCAAGCUUCUAUAAUAAGGUCUGGGAUGAUUAUAGUCAUUAUAACUUCAUACAUAAUCAUUUAACCUACAUCCUGGAAUUGCUAAUGGAACCUAAUCAGCUCUCUAAAGUAUCCCAGUUCUCUCACUGCAUUCUUAUAUCUGCUGAAGUUGUUACUGCCCUUGGAUUUGUUAUUGAGGGAACAGUGGACAAGAAUAGGGUAGUAAAUGCUUUUUUGGAUUUGGCUAUCUGGCAGCCUGUGCAAAUAAAAAGUGGAUUCAUUGAAACCUUGGGUUCGUUUUCAUUUCAAAAGUUACAAGCAUGGAUUAAGGAAUGCCUUGUAAUCAACCCAUUUGGAAUAACAUCAUGUAUCAAAUCAGGAACAAAGUUGUCAUGGGCUCAGCAAGUUGAUGGACUAAACAAAAGAGCAAAAGUUGCCUGCAACACAUACAAGGUUCCUCAUACUCAUCGCAUGGUUGUUAUGAGUCAGAUAUCUAAACAGACUUUGGCUAAGAGUUCAAAAACUCUGGUUGAUGCUCGAGUUAAAAUUCAUCGUUGCAGUGAUUGCUAUAUAUAUCUUUUAUCUCCAUUAAGAUCUGUGACUGUUGAGAAAUGUCAAAAUUGCACAAUCGUCCUUGGCCCAGUGCAGACUGUUCUUCAUAUUCAAAUGUGUUACAAUGUAAAGAUCAUUGCCGUUUGUCAACGUUUGUCACUUUUAUCUACAACCAACUGUACUUUUCAUGUUCUGACUCCUACUAGACCUCUUUUUUAUUGUGGGAAUCAAGGUGUUGUACUUGCUCCUUUUCAUAUCUCUUAUUCAAUGCUAGAAGAUCACAUGGCUCAUACUGGAUUAGCUACAGUACCAAACUCAUGGGAUAGACCUUUUUUUUUCUCUACAGAGAGCUCCAAUUCUCAUAUUUGGAGACUUUUGUUACCUGAAGAAUUUUUUACUUUUGUUGUACCUUUUGAAAUGGAAGGUGACACAACUGAAAUUCCAGGAGGCCUUCCUCCAGCCUACUCAACUUCUGUGCAGCAAAGACAACAAAAGAUACGCAUGUGGCAGGAAACUGUCAAAGAUGCUGGUUUAACAAGAGAGCAGAGAAAACAGCUCCAAGCAGUUGUCGAAAUGAAGUUUAACGAAUGGCUUAUAAAGACAGAAAAUAGACAUCAGCUGGAUAGCCUUGUUUCCUGAUUAGAAAACUUUUCUAUUCAGAGGAAAAAAAAUGAUUUAAACCUAAAAGUGUAUCGUACAAAUAAAUAUUCACAUUUCAAAUCAAAGAAAUAUGUAAACCUUUUGCAUUAAAGGAAACUCAUGAUCUUA